GCACCGUCUUGAACAGCCACCCCGCGUCCGUUCAGCUGAGGACCCUGCAGUCCACUAUGGCGGCGCCCGGUGGAACUUUAAACUGUGAGGACUUUUCAAUGUUUCAGGAGGUGCUAAAGGUGAUGCGCACCAUAGAUGACCGCAUCGUCCAUGCCCUGAACACCACCGUGCCCACAGUCUCCUUCUCAGGCAAAGUGGAUGCCACACAAACCUGCAAACAGUUGUACGAAUCUAUGAUGGAGGCUCAUCUGAGCAGAGACAAAGCUAUCAAGGCCUGUAUAGCUCAAACAUCUGAGGUGGUGGGACACCUGCGUGAAGAGAGGGCAAAAGACAGCGAAAACCUGGUGCUCAUCAAACAGCUCAGGAAGGAGCAGACCAAAUUAAAGCUAAUGCAGUCAGAGCUGAAUGUUGAGGAGGUCGUCAAUGAUAGAAGUCUGAAGGUUUUCAAUGAAAGGUGCAGAAUCCACUACACGCCUCCGAAGGUGAAGUGAAGCUCUGGUUGACAAAAGGAGCGACUCCACUCGAGGAAGUAAUCCAGACUGGAGCUGAAACUGUGAGCUGCUGCUGAGUCCUGACUGCAGGCUGUUCAGCAUCCAGACCUCUCUGACCUCUUCUCCAUCUAUUCCAUUGUGAUUAUUGUAUUGCAUUACCACCGCUGUCCAGCAGUCACCCCUGUGCUUCUUUGCAGAGAAAUAUUGUACAAAAAGAAUUUUUUAAAAAGACAGUAAAAUGUUUUGGAGUGA